GUCAAGUCGAGUAUAAAAUGUUGAAAUAUUUGAUAUCAUAUAAAGUGUAAAUCAUAUUGGGUACCCAAAAAUAAUGUUUGUGACAUAGUUUUUUUUUCAAGGUUGAAUUGAUAUUAGCGUCGUUUUAUGAAAUUUGAUGCAUGGAGGUAUAGAAAAAUUGUUUAGUAAAUCGGAUAUGUUAGAAGAAAUGUCCGUUCGUGAAUUUUGUGAUGUUUGUGAUAAAAUGAAAAGCAGAAAGGAAGCUAGUAACAGUGAUAAAGAUGAUCCAGUGACCAUUAAUUCCACCCAGAUGUGUUCAAACUUAAGUUCAGGUUUAUUUGCAUUCCGUUACCAUAUGUCUUUAAUAUUGACUGUGUUACUUUAUAUGACUUCGAUUCCUUUAACAAAUGGAUUUAAUUUGGACAUAACGAGUAAAAUAGAAUUUGAAGGUCCGAACAGAGGGAGUUACUAUGGCUACACAGUGGCAAUGAUGAACCAGAAUGACCAGAACAGUUGGAUAUUGUUUGGUGCUCCAAAGGACAGCAGUGUUUAUCUUCCGGACGUAGAGAAGCCAGGUGCUAUAUACAAGUGUACAUUCACCCGUGAUUUCAGUGCACGCACUUGUGAGGAAGUUUUCAUUGAUGAUAUAACUGGUAGCGGUUCUGCGCCCUUUGAUGGGAAAAGUAGAAGUUUUACACAUGGAAGGGACGACCAGUGGCUGGGAGCCUCUUUGGAUGUUCAGGAAGGAAAAGGGAUUGUGACAUGUGCAAGCAGAUGGUAUAACAAACAAUUCCUAAGCAGCGGGUAUUACUUUAUGAACGGACUGUGCUAUGAAAUACCUCUAGACUUCAACAGAAACAACAUUAAGACUAUCCCUGGUCUUGUAGCAGGUGAUAAACAGACCAUGACCAUACCCGGAACGAACGUUACGAAACUCAAUUACGGGAUGGGCAAUUUGGGCGCAUCAGUCCAUUAUACAAGUCAGGGUGAAGAUCUGUUAUUAGGAGCCCCGGGUCUGUGGUAUUUUACCGGAGGUUUUAUAGAUUUACACCAGACUGAAGCCUACUUUACAGAUUACAACAAAACUCCUACUGAGAUCAACGAAAUGGCGGGUUAUGCCAUAACGAGUGGGCAAUAUUUUGGAGGGGAGCUAACAAUGUUUGCUAUAGGAGCGCCAAGAGAUCAUUUGACAGGAAAGGUUUUCCUAUAUGGGUCAAACAGGAAGACUUUCGUUUUGGACGAUCCUGACCUUACCUUAAACGGAUCGGAAAUAACUGAGAUUCCAGUGAAUGGUUUCUUUGGAGCUGCCCUUUGUACUGUUGAUGUCAACAAAGAUGGAUUGGACGAUCUUCUUGUAGCUGCACCAUUUUAUAGCAAAGGCGAACGCGAGGAAACCGGGAUGGUUAUAGUAUACCUCGGACAGGAUGAUAUGACGUUUAAACCGAUGUCUACCAUGUUAACCGGAAGUGACAAAUCUGGUGCACGCUUUGGUACUGCAAUUGCCAGCCUAGGAGAUUUAAACAAAGAUAAAUACAAUGAUAUUGUGGUAGGCGCUCCUUAUGAAGAUGAUUUGCAAGGCGCCAUCUAUGUCUAUAAUGGAUGUAAAACUGGUAUCUGGCCUCACUUCUCCCAGAGAAUAGCUGCAGCUUCUCUCCGUACUGGACUCAUGUCAUUUGGAAUUUCUUUCUCGAAAGCUGAAGACAUGGACAGCGAUGGAGUGAAUGAUAUUGCAGUGGGUGCUUACUUAUCGGACAAGGCUUACCUUCUGUUUGGUCAGUCUGUGAUAAAUAUAGAAAUUACCCUGCAAAGUAGUGUCACUCAGAUUGACAAAGAUACCACUCAGAUGUGUCCGUCAACUGACGGCAGCGAUGUUGUCCCUUGUUUCAGGGUUGGCGUUUGUUUUUUCUAUUUGUACAGACAGUUCAGUACCAUCGAGGUGAACGUGACUUUGCAGCUAGAUACCUAUAUGGGAGAAUACAAUCGCAUUGCCUUUCGGAGUAAUGGCCAGGGUGUAGAACACUUUCCUCUUAAACUGUUUUCUGGAGAUAGAACAUGCAUUAGUGAUAAGGAUGUCCUAAUAAAGUCUACAUCUGACUUGGUGACGCCUGUGCGUAUGAAAGCCAGUUAUGAAGUCCUGGAUAUACCCAGCGGCAGUGCUCGUGUCCAACCCACAAUUAAUAAAUUUAAUGGAGAAAACCCGGAUAAACAUAUACUUAUUGCCACUAAAAUUGUUGAUUUUAAGAAAGACUGUCCAAAUAAUGAAUGUAAGACCGACCUUCACCUUACAGCAGAGGCCAAGUACGGCACAUCUACAGAAUAUUUCAUUAUUGGUUCAUCCACACUAACCAUUGAUGUCAGUAUACUGAAAUCAGGGGAUCCGAGCUACAGCUCAAACUUCUUCAUUACAGUCCCAAAUACUCUUCAAUACCAGAAGGUAACUAAAGUCUAUGGAGACCCAGAGAUAAACUGUGGUUUUGUCAAUCUUGGAGACGAGGAAUCUGGGGAGGAGGACAUGGAUUCACUCGAUUAUCUGCAAAGAAAAAAUAUUCCAAAAGUAUUAGAAGAUGAGUUUCUCAUGGCUUGCUCGUUUGGAAAUCCUAUGUACAAGAACACUGGUGUUAGGUUUCAGUUGAGCAUGGUUGUACCAGAUUCAAUCAACAACACUAAACUAGAGUUCCGACUGAAUGCAACCACUCUAAGCACUGAGCUGGAGCCGAAAGAUAACAUGAAAUCGCUCAGUGUUGAAGUCAGGAAUCAAGUUAAAACCACCUUUACAGGGAUAUCAAAACCUAUAUCUAUCACUAUAAGAGACGAAGCACAGAAAUAUAUCACAUCUCAUAUAUAUGAACUACGAAACAAGGGACCAAGCCCUCUCCCAUACUCAACUCUUAUGAUUUUAUACCCACAAAUACAGCAGGGAGGAAAGCCACACCUAUAUCUGAAUACAACCAGUUGGAGUUGUACGCCACCCUGCAGGAUACAGUGUGCAUUCCCAGAUAAUCCUAAUAGCGCACCUGUUGUGCACGCAUCUAAUGCAGGUCCUACCUACGUUAUCGAUGAAACACUACCUGAAGAAAAUAUAGGAGAGUCUAGAACGGUUGCCGAUAUGAAAAAUAUUGAUUGUUCUAAGGGAGGUUGUUCAAGAUACGAGUGUAAGCUCUACGACAUUCCACCGAGAGAGAGCGCUGUAGUCACACUGGAGUAUGUCGCUACAGGAGACAUUCUUAGUGCUAUAGUCGACGGUGAUGCAAUGAAAAUUAGAUCGGAAGGUCACGUGAGACUAAAAGACUUAAGCAGACUCAUUGCGGAUACUACCGAACAUUCCACAUCGGUAUACUCGGACCUGCUACCAGUUACACCACCGCCCAAGCGUCUGCCAUGGUGGAUAAUUCUGGUCAGUGUGCUAGCUGGACUCCUGCUCAUCUUCCUGGUCAUAUUUAUCCUCUGGAAGAUUGGAUUUUUCAAACGGAAGAAGAUGGAGGAAAUAAGAAGAAUGCAACAUGAAGGCCAGAUUGAAAAGGAGAAAAUGUUACCUGACGAUGAAGAAGCCAAUGGUAAUAAGGGCUGAAAGUAUAACUUAAAGAUAAAAUAAAGCUUGAAUCCAAAAAAUAUUGUAUCAUGAGUACGAGAAAUAACAACAAAUGCCAAAAAUAUACGUGCAAAUGAUAUGACUCAAUAUAUUGGACAGAAUGACAGUUUUGAUAGUGGUAAAUAAGCUUACUUUAUACAAUAUUGUUAUAGAAUGAAUAAAGAUCGUCCACGAGAUUCACGACAAUAUAAAUGCCUUUGGAAAUAAAUGGAUAAAUGUUUGAUAAAUGUACACCAAAUAUAGAAUUUAUUGUUUCAAAAAACUAUGAAAUGAGUAAAAGGGUAUUGGGCAGAGUGGAUGUAUAGGUGUUUAAAUUGGUUAGGGCGAGUCGAAAUACCAACAGCUAUAUUUAUAACAUUAUCAUUUAUACUAUACACCAUUACUUAUCAUCAAAUACAUGUAUACUUAUUCGCAGAUGGGGAGGUCAUUUUUAUCUUCUUCCUCUAACACUUGCAGUCAAGUAUAAAAAGCAUUGAAACUUCAACAAAUAACAAAACUCGGUAUCAGAUACUUCUAUAAAAUUGACUUUGACCCUAAUAAUGGCUUUGCCAUGGUCUUCUACAAUAUCAUCUGGUAUUAUACAGGGAUGACUCGAAAAACAAUUCAUGAUGUAGAUAAGUUAAUUCUCCAGAGAAGUUUCUUGAAGAAAAUAUAUCUUUUCAUUUUAGUGCUGUGAUAUUUGACUGCCACCGUCUUAAAAGAAGAAGAGUUUUAUCUUUUAAAUUAUGCACAGACAUUGCACCAUCCGACGCCAAAAAUAUGAUUAAAACAUAUAUUUUACAAUGACAUUUUACCACUGUGAUACUUUCAACAUUAUGAUUCUUCAUUGAAAUUGAAGUCUGCUUUUUAUAUUUAAAACAAAAAUAAAACAUAGCGCACAAACAACAUGUAUAUAAUUGCGACUUUAUUGUAACAGAUAUUAUGUAAUUAGUUUUCUGUGUUUGUCUCGUGUUCAAAACGUAAUACGUUCUCGAACACUCAUGAGAGUUAGACCGUACUCUCCAGCUUUCGCGCAUAUCUUCAUGAAUAUGAGUCGGCUCAUAAAUAACUCUGCUAUCAAUACCCCAAUUUCUACAGGCGUUAAAGGUACCUGUAAAUUCCAAGCAAAAUUGUAAUUGUCUACCGGUUUAUUCGGAUAUUGAAUUUAAUUGUGUAUAUAUAUAUCAUAAAUGUAGACAGUAUUUAUGCUUUUAAAUAUUCUUGAUAUCAUUUGUUUAUCAUAACAUAGAUUCGUAUUCAUAAAGAUUCUUUUUUAUACUUUUGAUUGCCCUCGUAAUUGUAUGUUAAUUUGCUGUUUUAGCAAAAGUUUUUGGAUUCAUUAAAGGGUGUAAGUUUAUUCAGUUAUUGUUCCUAGAUCCUAUCAGUACUCAUUUGUUCUCUGAGAGUAAUUUUCAACUUUCACACAUGAAUCAGGGGUGGAGAAAAAAAUAGCUAAAACUAGUGGAUAUUUCUUCAUACUAUUAUCCGAAUCCCUCGUCCUGUCUAUUCAUAGUCUUAUCAUAUGUCUACAGAGCUAACUGGAAGGGCGUUAACUGGAAGGGCUCUUAUUAUGUUAUAUCUAUGUAAUAUAUUUGACUGUAAUAUACCUCAUGUUAUUGUCGUUCAUAUUGUUUAUGCUAGCUUUAAGCUUUCAUAUCCUGCCAUGUAAUAUCAUCUGUCCAUUUAAUGCACGUAUUUUUCAUAUAUGCUCAUUCCAUGUUGUCAUAUAGUUUGAUAUCUAUUUGUACCAAUUUGUAUGAAUGCAAAUGAAUAAAUAAAUAAAACUUUA